CUGUCGUUACACCGCACGUUAGCACGAUGACCGGUUCAAACGGUAAAAAUGGCUCUUCCCCCGCUGUGAUGGACUGGAUCCGUUCAGCUUGUCGGUUUGCAACAGACAGAAACGACUUCAGAAGGAAUCUUCUGGUCAACGUGGGCUUGUUUGCAGCUGGUGUUUGGGUUGCACGAAAUCUCUCAGAUUUUGACCUGAUGUCUCCUCAGCCUGUAACAUAACCUGGUUUAAAAAUACAGCAUCGCCAAAACCAGGAUGAUGGUGUCUUGGACCAACAAAGAAGAAACAAGGGACAUGAAUAAAUGAUCAUGAAACUUU